GUUUCCCUUAAUGAGCAUGACUGCAAGAAGUAUGGAAUAAAAUGCAACACUGUGUGCAAUUUCAGGAAAAUAAUCCACAACAGGGUGGUGUGAUGCAGACGAAGUGAAGUGGAAUUACUCUUACCACCAUGAAGCUGAUUAUUUCCUCUAACAGAACUGCCCCAAGUGGUUUAAACCAGAACUAUUCUUUACACUCCCCUCUCGACCACAACACUACGUGACCGGUGUACAUGACCUUCUACAGAUAAAGACCACUCGACUAAGAUCUCUUCCUGCAAUCAUCUCACAUCUCCUUCUGAACUUCAACAUCAAGUUCCAGCAGCUUCUGGUGAGAAACAGGUAGAUUUCUGCUCUCCAUCAUCACACACCCUUCACACUCCUCACACACUCCUCCACCGUGUAUCAGGAUGAAGCUCCUCGCUCUGGUGCUCCUGCUCGCCGCUUUCUCCUCACCGACCCUGACGGAGGUUGUGGGUUUUUUCCAACAAUCCUGUCCUUCCUUCUUCAUCCGAAACCCAGCAAACCAAAAUCAGAUCAUCGUCCCGACUGUCUUCUCUGGAAGUCAGUAUCAGAAGAUUUGUCAGCGCUUGGAAAACAAUUACAGAUUUGCAACACUCUAUGACACUGAGCGGAGGAUCCCAGUCUACUCAGCCUACAAAUACACUGGGUAUAAGGAAACCGUCCGAAACGAAGAGUGGAAAAAUGAGCCCCAGCUGGAAAACAGGAAAGACAGUCGAGCGAUGAUGAUUGUGAUCUCUCCUGCUGAGAUGGAACAAUAUUCUCACCAGGCUGUGGACAGAGACUAUGCAGAGAGCAGUGUGUAUACGAAAGGUCAUGUGUUUCCACAUUUGUUUGCUUCUGAUCAGGCUCAGGCAGAUUCCACCUUCACAUUUACUAAUAUAGCACCACAAACACCAGGUCAAAAUAAUGAAUGGGAACAAAAAGUAGAGAUACCGAUGAAGGAUUACAUACAGAAGAUGUGCAGACCAAGUAGAGAAAACCCCACUUAUAUAGUGACUGGGGUGGUUCCAGGGGAUAAAUGGAUCCCCAUAAGAAGACAAAAUAGAGAAAAACCUCAAGGUGUUAACAUUCCCGGAUAUUUCUGGGCUGCUUUCUGUUGUGACAUCAAUCAGGGUCAAAUCAUUUCAAAGGCCUACCUCGCUAGGAUGGUGGAUUUCAAUGUCCGGAAUCCCUCCAUGGCCAACCUGAAUCGCCGACUCUCUAAACUGUAUGGUCAGCCGUUCAGUGUGUUUCCAGGAACAAACUGCUAAAACUAGUUUUUAAUCUGAUCAGUAAUGUUUUGUUC